GCGCCAUUUUAUUUCCACUUCGGACCGAGACGACAGCAGCAUUCCAGGACUACUGUCUGUUUUUGCCGAAAUGGCAGCGUAAACGUGUGCAGCGCCCAGCAGCCUCCAACAAACAGUGCAUCCAACCAGUGCACUGAGUCACUUCUAAUUCAGCAAACAUGUCGUCCCACGUGGAAACCCUCAGCACUGCUGCACGCGACAGCAUCAAAGACUUCGGCGGCCUCCGAGCAUUAUUUCGCACUCCGUUGGUGACCAAUAACAGCCACUAUGACCACGACGACGACAAGCUCACAGUUUGGCCUGGAAGACAUGGAGGUCCUUCUAUGGGGGCCUUCCUCUCCCAUGGCUGACUCUAUGGGCUUCGGGGUGUCUCACUCUGACCACUGCAAAGGAGGACCGAGCUCAGUGGAUAGAAUGGCAGCACCAGUGUCACCUUUUAACCUAUCAUCUCAGUCUUCUCCAACUUUCUAUUCCCCCCCACACUCGCCGCCUGUGAUCUUCCAGGGGAAAUCUGGGAUUUCAUCUGAGCCGCUCCCCUUUCCCUUGUUGGAUAACUCGGGUCAGUUGAGAGAUGCUGCGAUGGACGGCCGAGAUGACGUGUUUGGGGACCUAGACUGGAUGGCCGAAAGGAUGGAUCUGAGUGACCUCGACCUGGAUUCUCUGAUAGGCCCCUGCAUUCCAGAUAAAGAUUCUCCAAGUGAUCCCAAUGAGUUCAUGGCCUCCCUCGAGCUCGACUCGCUCCCAAUCCAAACCCUUUCGAGCCUCGCCACUGCCUCCGCACCUGAUCUUCCCUACCCCCAGGCUGCUGGUUCUGAUCCCUUUGAGGUUUGUGGUGUUCCUUCCCCUGUCCAGUGUAUCCCAGAACCCCAAGAGGAGUUGGAAAUCAAAUCCGAGCCGACCUCUUGUGAUUCCCCACCCUCUACGUCACCUUCCAUCGCCGCUUCCCCUGCCUACACCCUGGACCUUGGCAGUGAAGUGGAUGUCCCCACAAGUGAUGUGGGUCCGGUAGCUGUGGCGCCUCCGGUCCAGAGGGUUGUUCUCUCCCUUUCGCCAACGAGGAUCGUCCUAUUGCUGGCUCCUCAAAACAACGCAGGGCUCCUUGCCGCUGCACCCACCGUCACUCCUCAUUCCACUUCUGCGCGGUCCUCCAGAAGCACACCCUACCCCAAGCCCAAUACUAGCCCACCUUCCCCCACAGUCAAAGUCAAGCCGUGUGCAGACGAGGGCGCGUCGUCGAAGGUGCCCGGGAACAAAACGGAUGGAAGAACGGCAUCAAAGGCGCCCAAGAACAAGAAACAGAAGAAGAUGGAGCAGAAUAAGACGGCGGCAACGCGUUACAGACAGAAGAAGAGGGUGGAGCAGGACACCUUGUUGUCAGAGCAUGCAACUCUGGAGAGGAAGAAUGUGGAGUUGAGUGAGAAGGCAGAGUCUAUGGCCAGAGAGAUAGAGUACCUGAAAGAGCUCAUGGAGGAAGUUCGUGUGGCAAGAUUAAAGAGCGGCCCCUAGUGUUCUCUGAAGAGUUUUAACAAUACUAUAUGUCCACUGUUUUUAUCUGUUGCAAAAUAUAUAAUCUGUAUAAUGUGAUUUAAGCACAGAAUACCCUGGUUGUAAUUGAAAGUACACCAUGUGUAUCUCCUUUAUGACAUUACUACUGUAAUUAUGUCAAACAUACAUCCUCCAUUUAUUGCUUAUUUCUCAUUGACUGGGCCUCAGUUACAUUGUGGUUGGUCCUUUUUAUGUAAAAUGUCUCAGUAUGUAUUACAAAAUAAACCUGUAUUCUGUUUAAAUAACCUUAAAA